AAUACUUUUCCCUUGGCUAUAACUUUCGAAUGGUUAGUACUUGGGUUUUCUUACUUCAUAGGUUAACUCAUUGAGACAAGUCCUUACUUUGGAUAACAACAUUUUCGAUCUCUUAACCUUGACGUUUGACUUGCAUUUGAGAAAUAUUAACUUUUGUCAUAAGCUGUCAUACAAGUGGCAUCAGUGUUUCACAAAACAUCUUGUUUUUCUUUUACUUUAUGAAGCUCGGCUGAGGAGGAGAUGAUGCCGGGUAGGACAGACUACCGGGCCACGAUCUACCCCAGCGGCCUGGUGUAUUACAACUUCCCCACGGUCCUACAGAGCGCCUGCCUCGUUAACGUUCUCUACUUCCCCAUGGACACCCAGAUCUGUUCCCUCAAGUUCGGGUCCUGGUCUCACAGCGGGGCGGAGCUAGAUCUCUACCCAAGCACGGAUCAGGCUGAUUUAACAAACCUGGUUUUACACAACGAAUGGGACGUUGUUUCAAUGAAUGCAAAAAGAACUGUCCUGUAUUACCAAUGUUGCCCGGAACCGUACCCUGAUAUUACAUUUUUCCUGGAAAUUAAACGGAAGCCCUUGUUUUACAUCAUGAGUAUCUUGUUUCCCUGUAUUCUGACGAGUUCGGUGGCGGCCCUUGGAUUCCUUCUUCCGCCAGAAUCAGGAGAAAAGGUCUCCCUAGAAGUCACCGUGCUGUUGUCUCUGGCCGUGUUCCUUUUGAUGGUGACUGAUCAACUUCCGGCGUCAUCAAUCAAUUUUCCAUACGUGGGUAUGUAUUUCGUGUCAUCAAUGGUUCUUGUGUCGUUUUCAUGUGCAAUGACAGUGUUGGUUUUGAACAUUCAUUUCCGUGGAGCGACCGGAAAUAAACUUCCUGGUUGGAUGCGGAAGCUCUUUCUCAGUAGAUUGUCUUGGAUUGUGUGUGUUAAGACAGGAAAAAGAGCGAAUAAAAUACACUCGGCGAAAAAAGACUCCAAAAGUCUGGAGGAACCGAACCAGAAUGAAUAUACUAAUAAAUCAUUCAAAUUGGAAAGUGAAGAUUCAACAAAAAUUCCUACCUCAAAUGGAAACGUUGGUCAGCCGCGCUUACUGAGUAUUGUGACAAACACUUCGUCACGUGACCUUCUUCUUAGAACAGGUGACCCAAUGUUGACAAUACUCUCUGAGCAAUCAGAUACUUUGAAGAAAAUAGAGGGUCACAUGCAAAAAGAUGAAUCUGAAGAACAAACGAACAAUGAGUGGUAUUUGUUUGCCAAAGUUUUGGAUAGACUAUGUUUGCUUUUAUAUGUUUUUCUCACUGUUUUAACAUCUAUCAUUUUCUUAACAAAAAUGGCAGGAUCUUAAAUAAGUUAUCAACCACAUAAAUUAUAUCUGUCUUUAUUUUACUUUGAUACAUGUGAUAUUAAGUAUACACUUAUUUUUAAGUAUUAUCGAUUUUUGUUGUAUAACGUAUUCUUUGAGCAAGUUUGCCAUAUGUUUCAAGAAUCUGUAUUUCAAGAAAUUUCAUAUUUCACAGAUAAAUCAAGCUGUGGAAUCAAAGAUGAAUUAACAAAUUGUUCUUAAGGUUGUAUAUAAAGUGUUUUGUUAUACCUUUUAAAACCUGUUAUUAUAUAUAAAUCUACAUAUAAAAAGUCAUUAAACCGCGGAGUGAGAACCAAAUGUUGGAUCUGUCAACGAGAUAUUGGACAGCUUAUGUCACAACAUGGACAGGAACAGCUAAUUCUCAUUCGUUGUUGUUCGACAGUAAGGCAUUGACCGAGUUUACAUUAGAGAUUUAAAGGAAAUUUACAUGGAAAAAGCCAGCACAAGAUACAUGUAUGUCCAAAGAAAUUAUAAAAUAAAAGAUGCAGCAAAAAAUUAAUUGACUGUGUUCUCGGGCAAAAUGCGUUUGUCGACCAUCGAAUCAAGUUUGGUUAUGUUUCUUGGGUCUGACAAAACGUAUGCUGCCCUCGAACCCAGUAAAGAAAUGUGUACUUUUAAAUCCAUUCCCUGGCAGGCAAUGACAAAUUAGAAGGUAUGUAAUGUGUGCAAUUUUAAUGAUUGUCUAAUAUAUGUGUGCUCAUUCCCUGGUUGGUUCUCCAGAACAGAGCAAGAGUUUUUAGUGAUGUUGAAAUCAAGAAAUAAGUUGUCUGCAAGUACAUAUCAAAGUACGUUCAAUAUAUAUAUUAUAUACAUAUAUUGUAUUUUUGCAUUGUAAAUCUAAUAGAAAGUAUGAUCUAUUUUACAACAGACUAUGAAAUUAUACAUGGUAUUAUUUAUGGCGGCAUUUUAUAAGUUCUCAAUUUUUUUUUUACUAAACACCUUGUUUGCUUAUAUGAUUUCACUAAAAGAUGGAGAGGGUAUUUAUAGGCAUUGGUGCCUUGCCCAAUCUGCAUGUUCAGUAUUCUGAAUAAAUAUUGUUUAAAUCAAAAGAUGAUGAGAACAGAAAUUAAAAUUGGCUUUCU